GCAAAUCACAACCAUCUUUCAGAGCCAUUCCUUGCAACACUAAUUUGAGAUUUUUUUCUCAUGGAAGUCAGCUGUCUUAAAACUUCUUGGAUGUAGUGUCAGCACUACUAUUUUCCCCACCUUCUCUUUGAUUCGUUUUAUUACAAUAGGAUCUAUGCGGUUCCAGUUCAGUAGGUAAUAUGAUUGAAUAAAUUGCACCAUUUUAUUGUAUCGUCGUCUUGGACCCAAAGCUGAUAGAGCAGAAAUUGUCCGCAUUGUACAAUAUUAUUUUUCAAACAGCGUGCUUCUUCCGCUUCUGCUCGCAUCCAUGGUCGGAAGGACCAAUUCUCAAGCAAAUAAGAACCUCUUGGCCAAUAUGGUCAAUAGUGUUCGGCGUGAUAUUGACAGUCUUGUAUCAGAACUACCGGGACCAUCGCGGUAAAAGAUUGUGCGGACAUAAAUGAGGUCGCCUUUUCGUACCCGAAUGGUGCUAUUGGAAUCAGGUUUCGUCUUCUCCCAUUCUUCUCAUGCAUUCCUUCCAUUUUAGUUGCGGUCUUUAUCGGUGAUGCUGUUAGUUUCCACACCACGCCUAACCACACAAUACCAGACCAUACAGUUUUAUACACAUUCACCGAUAGUCUUUUAUCCACCAGUUUUCAUUUCACUUCAUUUCGCUUACUUUUCUGAUAUUAUUAGAUUUUAUUUCAUUCUUGACUUUCUUCGUUUAUAAAUUGAAUAAAAUUUUGCCUUUAUUGAAUUCAUCAGCAUCCGCACCGUGUACCCGGCAGCAAGUUGCAUUCAAGCCACCCGUUCACUGUUCAUCUCUUACUUACGUGUAGUUGUUUUAUGGGACGCUCAUAAAGAAUAUGAGGAAAACCAGCCCAUCCUGGUAAUGUGCUCAUAUAUAUUUACAUUGGCUUUGACAAGGUUUUUUUAUGUUAUAGAAAACAGCAAACAAAUGGUAUAUUUCCUUAUCUCGAGGCCGUGAGAGAUGAAUGAGAUUUUAAGUAAUGCAAAAAUUGUGUGGUUUCAUAUGGAUAUUAGCAAGUUUUUUUGUACAUUACUUUUCUUCGAAUAUGCGCUCCCAUUAGUCAAUGGACACUUUGUUACUAAAUCGCAUGCAUCAUGCUUAAGCGUAACUGGUUGCACAAAGAUCUUUCCCCAAGCGCAAUUUCAAUUUUUUCGUCUGCGACCAAAAUCCACCGGUGACCAGCAAAAAAAAAAACUAAUGCGAUUUGUUGUUUUGUCCCAUAACAUUGCACACUAAAACCAUGUCGUACAAGCUGAUGGAGCAAACAAUCAUGCAGCCUGAACCACUAACAGGAAUGGUAUUUGUUGAACAAAUAGAAAGUAGAAAGCUGUUGACAAAAAAAAGGAAAAACAAAUUUCCUUUGGCAUCCUUGCCAUAAGCAAUUGAUUGCUAAGAGGAACCGGUCGACCAAUCGAAGCCAUAGCGAUACACGAACGGACAACAUCCUCUAUAGUCGAUGUGCAUAAAUAAAAAUCGGCAAUAAAAAUAAAGCCCUGCAAGUAUACUCACACACAUUUGCAUGCCUAUGUACACAUCCACUCACAUGCUCGCAUAGAUACGUACUUCAACUCGCGCCUGUUUGCAUACUCAUCGAUGCAAAAUCGAGUAAGCUCAGGGAGCAAUUGGGAAGAAAGCCGAUCAUUUCGAUGUUGUUUCGCCAUUUUCUUUCCUAACCAGUCUUGCGGGAUGAACCAGAUACUGCAAUAGAAGUCCACACAGAAAUACCAUUUUCCUGCACAAACCAAUAAAAUAAAAAAGCAAAUUAUUGAAAUCUCUGCUAGGGAAAGCAGAGCAGAAACCGUCUGGCAAGUGAAAUGUAAAUUCAAAUACAAAUACUACAAAUCGCUUCCAAAUUUUGCGUAAGUGAUUUAUGGUAACGGUAGCAGUUAGGUUUGGUACAUUUGUCCCGUAACACCACCAUGGUUACAGGGAUUGAGCGCCUUUGGGAAUCAUGCCAUAAAGGUAUGAGAAUUGUUUUCAAACACAUUCGUACACCUUCGUUCACCAUGGCUUAAAGCUUCAUAUCGUUUUAUUCUGCUUAUACCAGGUUUAUCAUCGAAAAGUGUAUUUAUACUGCUGGAACAAAAUUUGUCAAUAUCUAAGGCAAGGUUAUUGUGUUCCACUGGUUGCCAGAAAACAGCGAAUGGUUUAACCGUUGGAUAGAUUGCAAUUGAAAAACGUUCAUUUAUGGUUGAUAUACGUAAGAAAUCCGUUUUAUGUAUCACAUAUUACCUUUACACCUUCACCUCUUGUGUUGAAAUUUAGGGCCUCAGUACAAGUGAGCGACCAUGCGUCUCCAUUAAAGUUUAAAAUAGUUAACUUAGCAAAAAAAUCAACGCACAAAUUUUCCAGAAACGGUUAUCUCAAUCGAAUAGAUUGCAAAACAUAAUAUUCUUUUGAUUGCAUGCAGUCUACUUGACAGGACCGGGUAUCGAAUCCCAUCCGGCUAAGUGGUAAAAACAAAUCUGGUAAAGCAGAAAUGGCCCUCAUGACCCUAUAGGUCGCUAAGCCAAGAAGAAAGAAAGAAAAAGAGAGAGAGAGAGAGAGAGAGAGAGAAGAAAGAAAACGAGAGAGAGAACAAUAAUAAUAAACUAUUUAAAACAUUUACAUUAACAACCAUCCCGCUCUACUUGAUUUACUGAUAAGAUUUUCUCUUUCUGUUCGUUUUGCACGUGCUUACUAGAAAACAAUUUUUUCCUGAACCAUUUCGAUGAUUUGCUGCUUCCCAAUGUUCGCAUCAUGUGAUAGUUUUGCAAUCGGGUUCAGGUUUUCGCUAUAAAUCAUCAACCACUACUGGUUCGCUUCUGGAGUGUUUGGUGACCGUAGAACAGCACCGAGCAAUAAAUCCAUCUUCUCUCUCCACCAGUGUAACGAUUCACGUUCGCGUGCAAAUCAAGUAGAAUAUGCUCUGGACGGUGCAUAUUUACUUCAGCAAAAGCAGUCGUGGAUCUGCUACUGGAGAAAAAAGAUAAAUAGCACAUUGUUGAACGUGUGGCGACAGUCCUUCUCCUUGUUAGUCUGAUAAUGAUAUGGAAAGUAAAUUUACUUUUACACUAUCGUGGCAUCUUGGCUGGGUACCGAAGAGCGCCAAAAUGACCAGAAAGCGAACCAGAUUGAAUCGUAAUCGUAAUGCUCUGUUUUGCUUGAUGUGUAGCACAAUGAAGCAUUCUUUGAACUGAAUGCACGGUUGAAGCGCGAGUCGGUUUUAACAUAACGACACUUUGUAGUUGCAACUUUAAAGCAUCUCCAGUAAUGCGUAACUUACGUACCGUAAGUAUAAUAUAACACUUCGAUGUUAUUAUUGUAAUGAAAAAUACUUCAAUAGCCGCCCACAAAUACAUAGAAAGCAUGGGAGUAAAUAUAAAGAAAAAAUGGUUCAUUGAAUCACUAUGAAUUAUUUAUUAGCUCGUUUCGCUUAGAAUAUUAUGCCUUGCAAAUGUCUUUUAGAUGUGAUUUACUUAUGGGGAAACUAAUGACGAAACGUUGCGAUCAAAGCAAUGAAAACAACGCAAACAAUUAAUAAUUUCCCUACAGUAUCAAAUUUCCAUUCUUCCGUACUCAGUUUCUAUAUAUUACCUUUUUUUCAUGUCUAGUUAUGUGUAACUGAGAAGAAUGUCACCCAACGCGUAACCAUUCAUGUACUGUGUAUGAUAUGAAGUGUCUGUCUCUAUCUACAUCGUUCGUUUAAACGUCAAGCGAGAGAAACCACAACUUCCUAAGAAGAGUCAUAAAACACUCCACCAACAGAAGAAAAAAAUGGACACAUUCAAAUCCCAUACCUUCACCCUUGCACGGUAAAUAAGCGUAAAGUAAUCUCUGGAAAGCCAAUUCCACAUAGCAAAAUGAUUCGCGUUUUCGUCUCAACAGACCUUUUAUUUAUUUUGUUAUUUACUGUUUUUUAUUUUGCUCACUGAUAAGAUGAUCCAAACAGUGACCUUUCAAUUCAAACUAACCAAAUACGCAAAAUGUGCAAAAGUACCUUAACUUAGAGACGGAUCUUGCAUUUGAAAAGCGUUAUAGUCAGUCUUUAGCCCAUUUUAUGACUUUCUGCAGUGCGGUGUGGUUGAAAAAUAACGUUCACAUGCAUAUAGAAAAACAUACCGAAGGUAUCGUCAAAUAAAAAAGGCAAGAAUCAUAGUCACCCUAUCCAUGCAGACAUCCUAUCCAUGCCAAUGGCAUCAACAAAGCACCGUAAUAAAGACAAAUUAUUGUUCUAACCGCUGUUAGCCUACCCUCAGUUUUAAGUAAUUUGUCCCUGAAUGUAGAUUUUUCAAAAGUGUUGUAAAAAGCUGCCUUAGAAUUUCCUAGAUUUCAUGUUACUAGAUUUGUAUUUGUAAAGUCUUAUGCUUAUGCUCACCCCCAUGAUAGUAUGUUCACCUUCAACAGUGGAAUGCUAAGAAAAAUGGUUACCCUUCAAAAAUGAAAACGGUAAUAACUGCUGUCCCUCUUAACCAAAAAGGAAAAAACCUAACCGUCACCAUUUUGAUUUAUUUUAUUUUAUUGGUAAAAAAGUAUUCUUUUUCUAUUGAGAGGAACACUAUCAGGAGGACACUCAAGGAGGCAGAAAAGGAAAAUGUCCCAAUAAUGCGGGAAUAUUGAGAGAAACGUUUCGUACGAUUCGACAGCAGUACCAACGUUUAUAUGCAUUUGACAGAUUGUUGUGAUAGAUAAUACGGUGCGUUCAUCCCGUGGGUCAAUCGGUCUUAUUGAUCGGGAUUGGAAGAGAUUUAUUUUCCUUCUCAUACCUCUCACAUCUACAUCUGGUAAAUCCUAAUCAGGUCUCGUAAAUAGUAUACCCGUAAGGGAUUGUUUGUCGCGAGGGUAAAACAUUGAGGCCUAUAUUUUAUUCUCUUUUUCAUGGGACUUGGACCAACCAAAUCGCCCUGCAAUUAGUGUUUAUUACACCCUCAUAAAGCUCUCAUCGAUUGUGCCCUUUUCGGGUGCAGGAUGCUUUAUUUGAUUACACAGUUGCAUCGUAAAGCUAGCAGUUCAGCGGCUAUUUGAUGUUUUGCUGUGGAAAAUGAACUUCCAAUGCUAACAGCAAUUGUCGGGUUUGGGUUUUAAUCGUUUCGUAAAUCGUUACACAAAGUUAAUGAGCUUCCGGUUGAUAUACAUUUGUUUUACGGGGUUUUUCAUUCUCCUUCUGUAAACGAGAGAUAAUGAAAUAAUUUUCUUGUUUUGCCAUAUCUAUUAAACAACUGCUUACACAGUAAACGAUGUAAAGGCUAAAGAGCUAAAAUUCGAGUACAUUGAAAUGCCUUCAAACCAGUUUUGUGAUAGAUAGUAAAAUAUGCUUCAUAGUGCAAUGCGUCUUCAAUAUGUGUAAUCAAUGUCAAUUACUCUGCUGGUUUGAAGCAAUAUCUCCAAUCAGUAUAAUCUUUUUAUGGUACUCAAUCAAAAGAUAAUUUAGUGAAGGAAUAAACUACCAUUCGUGUUAACUACGUUCACAACGGUCACGUUUGUUUACAAUUUAAAAUGCAUUGCUUGUUGCGCUAAUGUUACUAUUAUUCUGUUAGUAUUACUCUACAACUUUUUAAGUUUUAAAAGUAAGCACAUAAAUUAUUAUCUAAAACAAACAAUCCGUUAAUGAAAUGCUUACAAAUUUAAUCUUGUUUAAUUAUUUAUAGAAUUGUCCACCUGCUUAGCUUGACUUUCAUUUCAACACAAUUAAAAAUUCGCUCCAAAACAGAACACGUUCUCAAAUGUACCAGGUGCAAUCACUGUCCAUUCCAGGACUUAAUUCCUGGAUUCCAGGGCGUAUAAUUAGUGAGAGAAACGCAAUAAAUGUAAAUAAUUUCAUUCCAAUAAACUAGAAGACAUUUUCCCAUUUCACAUAAAACACAUUUUUCUACUGUUUGAACUGUCCUGCAUGUGAAUCAGAAUCUACUGAAUUCAAUACGAUGUGAGUAUGUAAAAUUCACUCGUACCCACAACCUUGGAUACCACCCGUACGCAACACGCGUGGUAUCAAAUUGAUGUAAUUAAGUCAAAAUAAAAAUCACUUACAGGUUAGAUUCCUUACUGCCUGCCAUUUGCUCGUCCAAUGACGGAUUUUCUCGCAGUUCCAUACUCUUCACGUGCUGCACUAAAAAGGAAUUCCGUUCGUUAGGAAAAUUCAAUUAAGAUCACGUGUCACUUUCUAAACUAACUUCUUGGUACGUGCGGGAUCGGUGAUGUGAUUGGGAAAUGUUCAGACAAGUGCAUGGGUGUAUACUACCAGUUGCACUGAAUCAAAUAUCAUCUAACAAACUCUUUCAGAUUUGCAUAUAUGCUGCUCCUGAGCAAACUGUCACACAAUAGAAAAAAGAAAACAGCUGGAGGGGCAACAAAGAAAGACAUCCUGCUAGUAACCAAGCACACUUGGGAACUGUUUACAUCCUGCUUCAAUCGAUCCACUUUCCUCUUUUCCAACCCAAGAACACAUCAAGGAAAUAGACAUAACACGUAUUAUCUGCGAUUUUGACAAAUAUUUACAAAUGCUGCUACACCAUCAUUGUCGCAAUUUUUCCCCUCGCCAACCGUUUGCAGGCCGUUUUUACUCCAGUUCUUUGUUAGAUUGAGAAACUUUCUUAUUUGUUUUUUAUUACUUUUUCUAGAAUUGAAGCAAGAACGCUUCAUUGUAAAGCUCCGCUAGCAAACGGAACACGAUACGCAAAUGAGACCACAUUGCUAACAUGCUUAUGUGCAUGGACUUUCUCUGAUAUUUUACACAUGCUGAAGAAUGGAAACGAUUAAAAGAAAACUGGAUAAAUAUGAGUGGCGCAAAAUCUCCCAGCUCGCAACGGGAUUACUUUUUCGAAGAGUAAAUUGUCAUGUGGUUUCAUGAUUUUUUUUAAAUUCUUAAUUUAAAGUCUCAUAUUUGGACUCAUUGUUUUGCAAGUCAAUUUCAAAUUUAGCCCGGGCCAAAAAACCCAAGUACAAAUUUGUUACACUCUUAGAUGUUAUUAAUUAACAAAUUUGUUCGAAAAAAAACAAUUAUUUAGUAAAAUUUUUAAACAAUCGUUAAACCUAUCGUCUAACUUAAACCAUGUUUAAGCUUCAAAGUUUGUGCCAUAAUUUAUAAAUUACUUUUUUUAGGUAUACUUACCUGCAACGAUCUCAGCAAACGAUUUGAUGUAACAAACGACGAUUCGUUACUUCGAUGUACCACAAUAAAGUUGCCAUCCAUCCACAUUGUAUCAUAAAUGGCGUCAAGGAAAAAGGCAGAUGAAGAAAAAUUGAAACGCCGCCGUUUAGCAAAAUUUCGUUUUAAACGCUUAGUGCACGUUGUAAUCUGCAAUCGUUACUGGAUUGCCGAAAUCGAAGACCGUGAAAUCGGCAACAAUGUACACCGAAACGUUGCUGUUAUCGACCGUCGACUUACACACAAGGGAACCCUUACGAUAAUUGAAAAGAAAAUUCUCAACAGCUCCCUGGAAGAGCGUACAGAAAAUAAGCGACACUUACUGAGAAGGGUGUUGAGAAAGAUAGAAUGUCUUCAUGAUCUAAGCAUGGAACAGCUUGAUAACAUCGCUGGUUGUGCCACAUUUGAAUACUUUGGGCCGGGAAGAGUUAUUCUGCGAGAAGGUCAUCAACCGCAUUCGGUAUACUUUUUGGCAAAUGGAGAAAUCGUCGUUAGUCGAUUAACAUGGGACAGUGUCUACCGCACCUACAACGAUACACCCUGUGGAACUCGAGCACGCGGACAAAUGUUUGGUGAAAUUGCACUCCUGCAUGAUUGUCUCCGAACAGCUACUUGCAGCACAGCCACCGACUGUGAAUUAUUGUGCCUUUCCCGGAAAGACUUCGAUCGCAUCCUUAGACAAACGCUUCUGGAACGUUGGCAACAGUUGCAAUUUGCAUUGCAGCGAUUUGAUUACUUCAAAUAUUGGACUAACGCUCAGGUCAGAGAGUGCUGUCUGCUGAGUCGAAUCGUUACGUUCGAAACUCAACAGAAGCUUCCGGUGGAUGUUGACAAAGGCUAUGCAUAUUUCGUGCUAAGUGGCCAAUGUAUGAUACUGCAAUGUUUGACGGUGUCGAAAAAGAACGGAUCCUACAGGCUGUUACCGAUUGCGACUAACGAUUCUUUCACCGCUAAACAAACGUCUAGUGAUGUGUUAGACUCAAAGAUCCCUCAAGAGCAACCAAUUGAACACCGGUUUAUCGACGUUGGGACCUUUAGCUGCGGAUCCGUAUUUGGACUCGGGGAAGCCAUGAAACAUCGAAUGGUAGUAGCCCGUAACCGCGUGCAAUGUUUGGUGAUUCCAUGUGACUGGUUAUUUGAGAAGCAGCAGAAUGUGGGCAACACUUGGCAUCGGAUUCGAAUGAAGCUCGAUAUGGCCAUCCAGCGCGACCGACUUUUUGAACUGUUCAUGCGUGAUCAACACUGGCAGUGUUACCGGAAGACACUAGUGCGCGAGUUUGUACGUCGAAAUCCACGGCAAAAUCAAACGCAGCUUGCUGACGUGCCAAUCAUGUGUCGGAUAGAGCAAGGAAAGGUUUAAUUUUCGCACACUCGACAAGCACUCAAAACUAUGUUCAAUAGGUUAAUUUCCUAUUGGCAAGGGUUACUUAAAGAAGAUUUCAAUUUGUCUUUCACACCCAGAGCAUCAGUGGCACGUUUAUACAGGAUUGGAAAGCAAUGGACCGCAGCAUAGUUAGAUCGCGGACUUUGAAAUGCUUGUUGAAAACAUAAAAUCUUUAAAUAAACGUUUAUUAAAUGAUUUUUUUUUCUUGAUACCAUAUAUAAUAGUUAAAACUUUGUAUUUUCAUUUAGAUUCAAGUUGAAAUUUUCGUGCGCUUUUCCCCCAAAAUCUCACUGUGUAUACGUAAUGCUCAAUGGUGACAUUGUCAUUUACAGAAACUUAAUAACACACUUCACCCGCCUUCAUGAAUAAGAAUCCAUUAGAAUGAAAUUGUCUUACAUUGCCAUAACCCUAAAAACCGUUAUCUAAUAUCCACGGAAAUUACGAUAAAUGGGAAUAAAUUUAAGCACCCUGCGUAACUACCAAUAAAGCCACAAUCUGUUCUUGGUGCAACGACUGCCAGGUGGAUGGAAUUGAAGGGGGUAGUUUGUUCCUGCUAGCUUCACUAUUUCAGCUUGUGUAAUUGAGUGUUAAUCGACUGUUGUUGGAAAAGCUAAUACGAACCACACAUAUUUGAAAAUGGUUUUAACGACCAUAGAUUCGCCCGGAACAACAUAUGCGCGCUGCUAUUAACAUGAAACCGUUCAUAAUAACACGUAGACGAUACAAUUUUCACAUAAUCCCAAGAAAAUGAAAUGCUUCUGUUCCUGUUAAUAAUUAUAGCAUUGAAAUGUGUUUUCCAAUAAUAGCUAGUGAAUGCAACAGACAUCCAGUUAGCAGCGUUAAAUACAAUUCCUUAAUUUAUAAAACCUAAGUUAAUUGCAUAAUUGGAGAACAAUAAACCGCUCUGUGUAUCGCUGUGCUUUGCAUUCGUCGACCGCUGCGGUGAUUAAUUAAGCAACUAUAAUUAUAACUUUU